ACCCACGCACCAAUCUAAACACGUAUGUAGAUAUAAAUGUUAUUGUUUGAUCAUAAUUCUACUUUUUUUGAGAAAUCGUGCAGUCAGUUCAGUGGUAUCCUCUCCUCUGUGUCUGUGUGUGUGCGUGCGUGCUCAGCUGACAGACCACUGAUGAGUCUGGUGUAGCGGUGAAAUCGGUGCGCUCGCCGCUGCACCGCAGCCGCUGUUGCUGCAGGGGGAGCAUCCGUCCAACAGCCUGCAGUGUUGCGAUGCGCGGCCGCUCCGUCUCUGCGCCGCUUCCCCCCACAUAAUUCCGUUUUCAAGACCUCCGAGGAACAGAUCCGUGAGAGAGGGGCGAGCUCCGUGCAGCAGGGAGGUGAAAGAGUCUGCAGUGUGCGUCUUAACUGAGAUGGAGAAGGUGCUUGCUCAUUUCCACAAAUGUUUACAUGGUUUCUGGAGAUGCAGGUGUCAACAGAGGUUUUCCUUUCAAUGAUUGGAUAGAGGCAGUGAGGUUCCAGGAUGCGGUCCAUGAGGAAGACGGUGUUGCUAGUCAUCCUGGUAUCUGUGGUGCUAGUACUGGCUCUCCUCCAUUCGUGGCCCACUCGGGGUUACACCACAGUGGAUGUUUGGCAGCGACCAGCGUUUAUAGUAGAGAGGCAUCUGGAAGAGAGGGUCCCUGAGUCAGACCAUCGAUUGAGCAAUAUUCCCUUCCAUGUAAGGGAUAAUGUGGCGAGUUUGCUGGCACGUAAUGGAUGCAUAUGUGAGGGCGAAAGUGGGGGGGUAAACCUACCGUUCGCACAACUCUUGUUCCCUCGGGUGUCAGCUCACCCGCUGCACACUGCCUUCGAGGCUUCAGAGCUGGAGGAGAUGAAGAGGAGACGGGCUAAAGAGUACAGCAGCUUUCAGACGAGGUCAAAGACCCCUGCAGAUCUACUCAUUAUUGCUGAGGCUAACAGCCCCUUGCAGUAUCCGACACAGGGGGUGGAAGUACGACCCCUGAAAACAAUCAUCAUCCCAGGCUUGGCCUUACAUGACCUUCCCAGAGAUAAUUACUCAAUAAACAUCACUGCCACGCUGGGAACUCUAAAUGUGGCGGCGGAGGUAGACGAGGUGAAAAUCAAAGGUGAUGGCGAGAUGCACAUGACUCUUUCCAGCCGCCUGCUGCCGAACAUGAAUCGACAGCUGCAGUUCAUCACCUACACUAACACGCUGUUUCAUCCCAGCACGGCAGACACAGUGCAGCUUGAGACAGAGGGACAUCAAGCUGUCUUCAGCAUCAAGAUCCGACACGGAACAACACCUAAACUGUACAACACUGGAUCCAAAGGAGAGUACAACGUCAGCGCCCUCGUGACAAUAGCGACAAAAACGUUCCUGCGUUACGAUAAGCUUAAAGAUCUUAUCGACAGCAUCAGAAGAUACUACCCUACUGUUACCAUAGUUAUCGCUGAUGACAGUGAAAAUCCCCAAACCAUCUCUGGGCCUUACAUCGAACAUUACAUCAUGCCCUUUGGAAAGGGUUGGUUUGCCGGCCGAAACCUGGCCGUGUCCCAAGUGACCACGAAGUACGUACUGUGGGUGGAUGAUGACUUCAUCUUCACAGCCAACACCAAGCUGGAGAAGCUUGUGGAUGUUUUAGAAAGGACCACUCUGGAUCUAGUGGGCGGUGCAGUGCGGGAGGCCACGGGGUACACCGCCACCUACCGUCAAACCAUCUCCAUUGAGCCAGGAGAGGAAGAUGGUGACUGUUUACACAUGAGGAGAGGAUUUCAUCACGUCAUCGAAGGCUUCCCCAACUGCGUUGUGACUGACGGGGUCAUCAACUUCUUUUUAGCUCGCACAGACAAAGUCCAGCAGGUCGGCUUUGACCCACGCCUCGCCAGGGUCGCUCAUCUGGAGUUUUUCAUCGAUGGCCUCGGCUCUCUCCAUGUGGGCUCGUGCGAUGACGUCAUUGUCAAUCACGCAACCAAAAUCAAACUUCCCUGGGUAAGCCAGUCAGAGAGCGACAAGACCUACGCCAAGUUCCGUUACCCGUCAGCCUCCUCUGAUGCCACGCACACCAAAAACGGCCUCCUGUACUUCAAGAAUCGGUUUCAGUGCUUGACUCAUAAUUAGCUUCCCCUCUCCUCUUUUUCUCGAAGGUUCCUCCGCUCUCCCCGAGUUGCCAAAGAAGUUCUCCUCCCCCAGGCCCUCUCAGAUAAGAUUUUGGUUUGCCUUCUCUUGAGAACCUUGAAAUUAUUUUUCCAGCUUCAGCCUUUAGAGCAGUUUUAGCAUGUUUUAUCUGUCAGUGCACAGCUCUGCAGUGAGCUGAAAAGUCCUCUAGCAUCUAGAAGCCCAACAGAAAAGUUUAGGUUUCCUCAUUGGUGUGAAGACAGGAGAAAUUCAGCUGCUGUGCCCAGUAACAUCUCGAGUCAUAAAAGGAUCAUGCUCAUACCCUCCACAAAGACCAGGCUUUGGGAGAACCUAACAGGUAGCAGCCAGUGUAACUUCAUUGUCAUCCUGUUCUGGGUAGAUGUGCAUGUGUUCUCCUUCGAUUUGCACUAGCCGAAUAUAGACUUGAGCUUGGAACAAGGUCUUUCUGUCAGUGACAACAAGCCCUUCAGUAAAGUGACAGAGUUGCAGACUCGGAGCUCCAGUGUGACCUUCUUGCCAAUGCCACAUGAAGAACGUGUUCCAAGUCUUUUCAUUUGUUGGGUUCUGGUACUGACUGGCCGUGCCAAAGGUUUGGAUGCUGCUAGCUCUGGGGUGCUUUUAUCUGUGUGUGCAAUAUGGUUUUACUGCCCAUUACCCAGAAUCCUUUUGUGUCACCCAUGGAGAGAUAAGUCAGAUCUGAGGAGGAGAAACUUUUGGUCCCAGUUCAUCAGGUGUUACCUGGUAGCGGGAGCAGCCGUAAUUGUCGUCUUCUGCUGUUUGUCUGUUUCCCCAACAAGCAUCUGAGGAAAACGAGACUUUUGAGUGCUCACCACCGGAUCUUUACAUGUUGCCCAAAAGAAACGUUGGUUGAACUAAAGUACUUAUUAAUUUCACAUCAUUAUGAAAAGAGGACGGGGAAGGGGGGGGCGCUGUAAGAGAGGAAAGGAGAUGAAGCAAGAAUACAGAGUUUUUAUACUGAAACUCCUCUUUGGAGCACUCCUGCAUGUCAGAGACUCAAGUGGUGAUGCUGUUCUUUUAUACCAUGGCCUUUAGAUGGCGCCCUUGUAUCACUGUAUUUGUUUCCUAAGCAAGUUUUUUAACUUUUUUUUGUUAGCAAUAAGGUGCCAGAGAUUUAUCAACAGUUUUUUUUUAAUCCCCAAGAGAAAUAUCGACUUAUUUGUAACUAUUUUAUUUAUUAAUUUAUUAAUAAUUUGUUUGCCUUUUAUUAGAUAGAACAGUGAAGAGAGACAGGUAAGCAGGGGGAUGUCGGGUCAGAAAGCAGCACAUCGGAAUCGAACCUGAUCUGCUUAGCUCGUGAGCUACACCGGCAUCCGUUUGCGACUAUUAAUUCAUUUCUAUUUUUCACCAAAAGUGACGUUCGUUCUGUUGAUGGAAGAAACUAGCAGCAGUGGUCCUGCUGCUUGGUUUGUAUGUAGUUGUGUACUGAAGAAUUUGUCUCACAUUUUAAUUUGUAAGUGUUGACAGAUGUAUAAUUUUUUUUAACAGUGAUGUUUAUUGUGUGGACACAGAAAUCAUUUGUUGCCUGCUUCACCCACCCACCCCCACACCCAAAACAUUAUGAGCAUUAUGAGAGUUUUUACAUUCAUUUCAAAUGUUAUAAAAAAUGUCUGUGGGAAAAAAAAGAAAUCUUGUGUU